AUGGCUUCUUCACUAUUCAGCACCCACAGUUUCCUCUUCCAAUUUCCAUUUAAACCUUCAAUCCUGCCAACAACAUCUUCUUCUUCCGUGUUUCCAAAUCUUUCAACUUGUUCAUCACCCAAAAGUGUUUCUUCUUUGAAGCUGAGCCUUCCAAGAGCAUCUUCUGAAGAGCUUCCAGUUGAGUUGAUUGAAGAUUCCAAGUUUGUUCCCUUAGAAUCUGAGGAUCCAAGCUAUGGUCCACCUGCUUUAUUAUUGCUGGGUUUUAAGGUGGAAGAGGCUGUAAAGAUACAACAGCUUCUGAAAGAAAUGGAUGGUGAAUUUCUUGAGGUUAUUUUUUGUACUGAAGACAUGAUUAGCCGUUCACUCUGGGAAGCAGUUAAUACUAAACAGCCCAAGUUGGAAGCUGUUAAGAUUGCAAAAUCACUGCCUCGAAUUUGUUUCUUAUCUGGUCUUACUGGAGAGGAGAUGAUGGUGUUUAUUGAUAGCUUUCCAGAAAGUGGACUGGAACCUCCGGCAUUCGCAGCCCUUGUUCCAAAUAGUGCUGACAAACCUUUAUCAGAGUUGAUUGAAGAGAUCAUGUUGGACCAUGAAAUGCUCAAUGCAAGAAAUACGAGCUAG